GCCUCCUCCUCCUCCGCCUCUCUAGGAGGCAGAGUUUGAGAGCUGAUCUUUUGCAGAGCAGUUCUUUUGCAGAGCAGCAUGGCGUCGGUUUUGAGGAGCGUGCAGGGCAUGGUUGGCUUUGUGACCGGUGGGGCUUCUGGACUGGGCCGUGCUACAGUGGAACGAUUAAUACGACAGGGAGGCAGUGCUGUGAUUGUGGACCUGCCAACAUCUGAUGGCGAAAGCAUGGCUAAGUCCCUGGGAAACAGAUGCAUCUUUACUCCAGCUGAUGUGACAUCAGAGUUAGAUGUGAAGGCUGCACUGGCCACAGCAAAGGAGAAAUUUGGACAUAUAGAUAUGGGAGUGAACUGUGCUGGGAUUGCAGUGGCAUUCAAGACAUACAAUGUGCACAAAGAUCAUUCUCAUAGUUUGGAGGACUUCCAGAGAGUCAUCAAUGUCAAUAUUGCUGGGACAUUCAAUGUGAUUCGUCUGAUUGCAAGUGUGAUGAGUAAAAAUGAGCCAAACUCAGAUGGACAGAGAGGAGUGAUCAUCAACACUGCCAGUGUGGCUGCCUACGAGGGCCAGGUGGGACAGGCUGCCUAUUCAGCUUCCAAAGGAGGCAUUGUAUCAAUGACACUACCCAUCGCCCGAGAUCUUGCCCCUCUUGGGAUUCGUGUUGUUACCAUUGCACCAGGGCUCUUUGAGACACCUCUACUGGGGACACUUCCUGAAAAAGUUCGGACAUUCCUGGCACGACAGGUGCCCUUCCCAAGUCGCCUUGGGGCUCCAGAAGAAUAUGCUCAUUUGGUACAAUGCAUAGCGGAGAAUCCUAUGCUAAAUGGUGAAGUAAUACGGCUUGAUGGGGCUAUCCGAAUGCAGCCCUGAGCCAUAGCCCAAGCCUGCAAGAAAAAAAGGUUGUUCUCCUUGGAUCAUAAUCACAGUACUGAAAUCAAGGUUGGCAAAAGAAAUGAUUAACAUCUGACACUGAAUAAAUCAAUAAUCAGAUAUUGUUCUUUUCUUUCACUUGCUGUAUAGGCUCACCCUGACACCCCUUCCCCCAUUGCUAGUAGCCAUACUGAAAGCUAUAUUUUUAUGCAUCUCCAAUUUCUUUUAACAGACUUCCCUCUAAUUCUGAAAUACAGAGACAAUUGUUUCUGGCUAAAGUCACCCUGAUUUAUUUAACCAUGGUUUAUCAAACCAUAAAUGUCCAGGUAUCGACAAAAGGCUAUGUUGUAAACCAUGGUUUGCAAAGUUGUUGAUUUUAAAAAUGACUAUAUCAUUUUUGCAUGUUAAGUCUGUUGGGGUCAUGAUCUCUGUCCCUUCUCUCACUACAUUUCUGUAUUUUGGCAACCCAGACCCACCAUUGGGGUGUGUGAUUUUUGGGGGGGGAGGGGGCAUACUUCCUAAUAUAUUUUAAAGCAGGGAAUGAGAUGAGAGAUAAUGUAAAUUGUUAUUUCGCACUGUAAAAAUCAGAGAUUAAAAGCAGUGUUUAAUAAAUGCAACUUUUAGGACUGUA